AUGACCAGUGGCAGACUCCUGCUUGGCGUGGAGGAGCUGCAUGGCUUAAACCCAACUGCAUCUCUCUUUCCCAUCAAGUUGGCUUCCCUUUUGCGGUCCGCGGCGCUACUCGCCAGUGUUUUUCGCGGAGUUGCCGUCGCUCCCAGACGUCCCUCGCCAGUCCUCCUCCGAACAUCGAUCCCUCGAGAUUCUCGCGGCUCUCAUAAAAAGGCUCUAUCCCAGAAGCGCGACUUUGCUCAGAAGCGUGGGCCGUCGGCGUCAUCCAAAAAAUCUCGGAUUGGCCAGCCAAUGGAACCGGGCACUUAUCUACUGCCUGCCCCUCGACUACCUUUCCGACGCGGACAGAAUUUCCUCCUCUACAAUCCCAAGUCUUUUCAGACAUCAGGUUUCGGUCCUCCGCCGACGCCACCGACGGGCAAUCCCCCAAUGAAGUUCUACUACGAAGUCCUGACCACGCCCACGGCCGAUACCCCAGGCACGACGGUCCUUCUUCACUUCCCGGACAAGCGUUAUUUCUUCGGUCAACUGUCGGAGGGCACUCAGCGCGCAUGUACGGAGCGUGGCAUUAAAAUAACCUAUCUGACCGACGUCUUCCUCACCGGCCAGAUACAAUGGGGCAACACUGGAGGACUGAUUGGUGUUAUCCUUACGUUGGCCGACGGGAUAGCCAGCUCGAACAACGCUUUGGAACUUCUUGCGCGGGAGAAAGAGGAACGCAUUAAAGAAAGUGGACAGGCCAAUGCGGCUGCCAAAAAGGAGCAUGGAAUGUCAUACGCGGUUCACGACGGACAAUUGGUACCGCAACGAGGAACUCUGACAAUCCACGGAGGUAGAAACCUCACACAUACCCUGGCUACCGCACGGAGAUUCGUCUUUCGCAAGGGUACACCGGUGUUCACGCGCGAAUAUGAUUCGGAGGGCAUGUCGAAACCCGAUCGCCUCGGAGCGGAGGAUCCUUGCGAACAGCCUACAUGGUCGGACAGCAACAUUAAGGUCUGGGCUAUGCCCAUCAGGUCUUCCCCCGUCCCGCACCUGCAAGCGACGUCGCAGGUUCGCUCAAUGAGCCCUAGGAAGCGGAGCCUCGACGAGUUCGAAGAGAGCAACAAUACGUCAGAGCCUAUUGAUGCGCGAACCCGGGACCAAGUCAUUAGACAGUCUGUGAUCACGGACAUGUUCAACUCGAACUGGAGACUGGAUGCUCUGCACGAGACCAAGUUGGCGGAUGUGAAGAUGCCGGCCGCGAUGUUCGUUCGUAACCCCGUCACCAAAGACCUUGAGCAGUACAAGGGACCUGCCCCCGGAAGUAAUGAGCCACUCCCUGAUAUCACGGUCCUCGUACGCCAACCGUGGCCCGGUGCAGCCGUUGAGAAGAUCCCUCAUACUUCCUGGUGUCAGGAGUCCGUUUCCUAUAUCAUCCGGAACCACGAUGUCCGGGGAAAGUUCGACCCAAAGAAGGCUCAGGAGCUGAAUGUUCGCAAGGGACCAGACUAUGCCAAGUUGACCAAGGGAGAGAGCGUGACGUCGCAAGAUGGCAAGACCGUUACUCCUGACAUGGUUUUGGGCCCAUCCCGACUGGGUAAGGGAUUGGCAAUUAUCGAUUUGCCUACCCCAGCACACGUCGAUGAUCUGGUAAAUCGGCCCGAGUGGAACUCCGCCGCCGUUACUACAGGCCUGCAGACCUUCCUGUGGAUUUUGGGUCCUGGAGUGGGUGAUCAUCCACGGCUCCACGAGUUUGUUGCGAGAUUUCCCGAGUGCGAGCAUACCGUGUCCAGUUCGGACUAUUGUCCCAACUACCUGUCUAUGAAGAGCAUCGCAACCUCAACCACACGGAUGGGCUUGCUGAGGCCUGACAACUACCCGACCCUUGUUCAUGACAAUGUGUCCCUCCCGCAGCCCGGCACUAGAACUGCAGAGCCGGCCACAGAACUGAAAGCCGUUGCCCUGAAACCUGUGGCGCCCGGUGUCAUCAUUGACAUGGAGCCCAAGUUUGCGCUCAAUUUCUCUGAAGUGGAGCCGCCUUUCGAGCCCGCACAGGUGCAGCGCCAGAUGCCUUGGGCCAUCGAACAGCGCUUGAGCACCAUCCGCAAGCGUGUCAAGAAGGAGGCCUUCACGAAAAAGCUUGAGAGCUUUCAAAAGGAUCUCCCAGGAGCCAAUGUAGAGAUCAUCACCCUGGGCACUGGAUCCUCCGCUCCAUCCAAGUACCGCAACGUCUCCGCUACUCUUCUCAACGUGCCUGGAUACGGAUACUACCUGCUGGACUGCGGUGAGAACACUCUUGGUCAGCUGAAGCGUGUCUUCGCACCUGAGAAGCUGCGUGAAGUCUUGCAGAAUCUGCGGAUGAUCUGGAUCAGUCACCUUCACGCGGACCACCAUCUCGGCACCGCUUCUGUCAUCAAAGCCUGGUUCCAGGAGAACUACCCCGACGGAAUCCCGCAGACAGACGAGGUAGAGAUGGACAUGUCCAAGAUCCUGCAGGAAAAGCGACUGUUCGUUGUCUCCGAACAGAUGAUGACAGGCUGGCUAGAGGAAUACGCCGCUGUCGAGAACUACGGUUUCGGCAAGGUGAUUCCCUUGAGCGCCUCCCCCUACCUCCACCAAGGCAACAUCCGCACCCAAUUCGUCUACCGUCACUGCCGCGCCGACGGCUCCUACCCCGGCCACCAACUCGAAGCCACCAGACCCUCGACCACCAGCCUCAGCUUCCACGACCAAUCCUCCCCCCUUACUCCUCUCCUCCGCUCCGCCACCGGCCUCUCCGACCUCCUCACCACCCGCGUCUCCCACUGCCGCGGCGCCAUGGCCGUAUCCCUCGUCUUCCCCGACGGCUUCAAGAUCUCCUUCUCCGGCGACUGCCGUCCCUCCGCCGGCUUCGCCACCAUCGGCCGCAACUCCACCGUCCUAAUCCACGAAGCCACUUUCCAAGACGACAUGGCCGUAUCCGCCAUCGCCAAGAAACACUCCACCCUGUCCGAAGCCCUCGAAGUCGGCCGUCUCAUGAACGCCCGCGCCAUCCUGCUCACUCACUUCAGCCAACGCUACCAAAAGCUCGCCCGAGUCGAAGAAGCCCCUGCCUCCCGCACGGCCAACAACAAACCCGCCGUUGAACCCAGCAACCACGUCGGCCAAGUCGGCCUCGACGUCCCGGACGACGAGCCCCAACAAAACAACAACACCCGUAACCAAAUGUUUGGCGACAUCAAGGUCACCAGCCGUCCUAAGAUCACCGUCCCGAUCGUCGCGGCUUUCGAUUACAUGCGUAUUCGCGUCCGCGAUAUGCCUAUCGCUCAGGCGUAUGCGCCUGCCGUCGAGAAGUUGUUUGAUCUCCAGGAACGAGCGGGCGAGGAGAAGGCCGAGCAGAGGAAAGAGGCUGCUAAGCAGAUUGCGCAGAAUAGGCAGAAGGCGAAGAAGCAGAAGCAGGAGAAACAUAAGCAGAUUCCUGUUGCUGCUGAGGAGAUGGAGGUUGAGAAGCCGGAGGGGGCAGAUGUUAAGUCGAAGUCGAUUUGGAGUGCGAGUGAGAGUGAAAGUGGGUGGAGCACGAGUGGAAGUGAUAGUGAGGGGGAGCGCAUUAAGAAGGAGCAUUAUGCUAGGAAGCGGAAGGGUAGUGCUGCUGCCGCUGCUGGUAAAGAUGGGCAGUAGGAGUAACUAGAGUGUGAAAGAUCC